UGUGAUCGAGCUCUGCAGCAUGAGCUCCUAAUCAAGAAUUAAUAUUCUUAGAUUAGUUUUUGCUGGGAAGGGGAUAUAUACGGUGGAGAGCCGGACGGAGUCGGUGCCUAUAACCUAUACGGAGUCGGAGUCGGACUAGGACUCGGCCUCGGCCUCGGCCGGCUGGGAUUCUCAUGUCGCCCGAAUGUCUUGAUUUUGGACUAAAAUUUCACCUUUUGGACUUUGGGUUACACGGAUAAGAGUAAAUUGCAUUUUUGGUGCUUUGGCUAGCUAGUGGAGUAUUUAUUUAUUUUAGCCCCCACUUGAAUUCUUUCGUCUCCGAAUUAAAGGAGGAGAGUUGUACACGGUGUUACAGAUGGUUUAGAAUAGAGAAGAUCCUCUUCCAACCCGUGAUUACAAUAUCUUGGCUGAAAUUCUUGGUUUUUCUUUUUUUUAACUAGAAAAAAUGUCCGUGCGUUGCAACGGGUGAAGCCUAUUUUAAUCUUAUUAUAGUUAUAUUGUUUAGUUAAGAUAAAAUUUAUUGUGGGAGUUCACUUAGAUAUAUAUAUUUUUAGAAAAUCAUAAGCUGCAGUUAGGAGUCUGAUCGUCUCAAGUUAGCAUGCGAGUCUUUUUAAAUAUAUUUCUUAUAUGAUUCCUAGUAUUAUCAAAAGUGGAUGAUCUUAAAUACCGACUCAAAUAUGGAUAUGUAUUUUUAAAAGCAAACGAACUUAAGAACCGAGUCAUACACGGAUGACGUACCAAAAUACCGGUAAAAACAUUUUCAAUUUUUAUAAUAGUAGAGAUUUGGUCAAAGUUUAUUCAAUUCAUUCAAAUUUUGUUAAUGUUUGAAAUAAUUUCGUUCUCAAUUUUUUUGGAAAAUUCGGUGACACCGAAAUUCCUAAAUUUGGGUCCAAAACAUGUUUCAUUCAUUCACUCUAGAAGGUGGCAUCGUUCACGAAUUGUCUCGAUCAUACUAACUAUUAUUAUUAGUAUGGCAUGCAAAUAAGAAACAUGGAAAAUAUAUAUAGUGCAAACCAUAUAUGUAAUGAAAACUUGAAAGCUAUCGUAGGAUAAAAAAUGAACGUACGAUAUUUAUCCACGUCACCAAUAAAAUUUUCACUGGUGAGUGAAUCUGCGAGUAAAAGUUUUACUCGUGAUGACAUGAAAAAAUCUCGAACGUUUAUUUUUUAUUUAAUAGUAGUUUCUAAGUUUCCAUCACAUAUAUGUAGUUUAACAUAUAAAAGAGAUUAUAUCUAAAAAAGAAGAGAGAUAGAGGGAGUAGAAGCAAUUUCUUUAGAGUGAAAAGAACAGCAAAGGAAUAUCUGAUGGCUAUUGGGCCGGGAUGUGAUAAUGCCUGGGCCUCAACGCAGUCACAUCCCGGUAUACACUGACCACGUAUACACUGACCACAGCAGCGCGCUUGGUCAAAGUCGUCUUCCACAUGCUGACGUGCACACUCGCGAGUCGCCUCGAAUAUAGGCGGCCUCACCUCUCAACCGUCAAUGGCGGCAACGGCCGAAGCGGCGAGACAUCGGGUAGUUGCGGCCGCGGCGGCGUUGCGCGGGGAGCGCAACGCCAUGGAGAGCAGCAGCCUGUGGGGCGUGCUCGGGCAGGCGUCGAACGUGGCGCAGCUGGUCGGCGUCGACGCGCUCGGGCUGGUCUCCAUGGUGGCGCAGGCGGCGCUGGCGGCGCGCCGCCACCGGGACGCGUGCCGGCGGCUGGGGCAGCACGCGGAGCUCGUCGGCGGCCUGCUACGGGAGCUGGAGCUCGCCGAGCUGAUGCGGCGGGAGGCCACCAGGCGGCCCCUCGAGCAGCUCCAGGGCGCGCUGCGGCGGUGCUACGCGCUCGCCACGGCGUGCCAGGAGGACGGCGGCUACCUCCACCGCCUGCUCCUCGGCGCCCGGAUGGCCGACGAGCUCCGCGCCGCGCAGCACGAGAUCGACAUGUACAUCCGCCUCAUCCCUCUCAUCGCCCUCGUCGACAGCAGCAGCAAUCAUCGAGACAAGCAGGCUAUGGAUGGGGCGGCUACUGCAAUCAAAUACAGUUCAAAUCGUCACAUCAGGUUUCCAGCAAGAGUUUCGGGGUUCACCGAAAUACAUGUUCAAGGAGAUACUAAACUUUGCAAUGCUGGGGAACAACCUUUAGGAACAGUGUACCUGCAAGAACAGAAAAUCCUUGACAUCGAAGAACUGGUGGAGCUUUGUACUCGUACAGAAGAGAGCUGCCCAGGAUUCUCAAAGUUCGACUUCUCUCAGAUUGUGCAUGCUACAGAUAAUUUCUCAGAGAAUAGCAAUAUUGGACGGGGUGGAUUUGCUACAGUUUACAAGGGUCAGUUGCCCAAUGGACUUGUGGUUGCCAUCAAAAGACUCGAUGAAUGUGCAGUAAACUUUGAUUUCAACAAUGAAUUGCAGCUUGCAAGGGUUCAGCACAAUAAUCUGGUUAAGUUACUGGGUUGGUGCAUCCAUGGGAAAGAAAGGAUUCUGGUGUAUGAGUUUGCGGACAGGGGUAGCUUGCAACAUUACAUCUUUGACAAAAUGAGAAAAUCAUUGUUAGACUGGCCUCAGCGAGUGAAUAUAAUCAAAGGUGUUGCAGAGGGUCUUGUUUAUCUACACAAGCUUUCCAUGUUAUGGAUUGUCCAUAGGGAUUUGAAACCAGAUAACAUCCUCUUAGAUUAUAACAUGAACCCAAAGAUUUCCGAUUUUGGAUCAUCCAGUUCACUGAGUUCAGAAGUUGCAGAAGAACAUACAAGAAGGGUUGUGGGCACUAGUGGUUUCAAAGCUCCGGAGUAUGCAUCUCGAGGAGUUUAUUCAGUGAAGACGGAUGUGUUUAGCUUCGGUGUCUUGGUUCUAGUGAUCAUUAGUGGACGAAAGAAUUCCAUACUUUAUAAGCAGAGGGAUGCUAUAGGUGAUCUUGUACGGGAUGCUUGGCAUAUGUGGAGGGACGGAAGGUUGCAUGAGCUUGUAGAUCCAUCAUUAGGGAAUGUGUAUGAACUUGAUCAGAUAAUUCGGUGCACCCAAGUGGCAUUGCUCUGCACCCAGGAAGAUCCAACAGUUCGGCCCACCAUGCCGGAUGUCGCCGCAAUGCUGAGUUCUGGAAGCGUGAUCUUAUUAGAUGAUCCUAAGAAGCCUUCUGAGCUAAGUAAUGAAGUCGAAAAAGGUGGUGACGAGACAUCUACAUGUAUGGAUCAAUCAAGCCAGACAAUAGAUAUAACCAUUACAAGUUCAGCUCCAGUGUCAACUAGGGUUCGGAUCAUUAUAGACCAAGAGAUAAUUUGAUGUCAGCUGGAAAAUAAUUCAAUACUCUAGCAAGCAGUUGACAUGCAGAUUCCAUCUGGAGGGCUCAUGGAUCACCCAAUGACAAUGAAGCUUGUCAAUGUAUAUGUACAGUAUAUAUGAAACGCACUAUGAUAGUAGGCCUAAUUUGUACUCGUUUGUUUCAUAUUAUAAGCCAUUUAACUUUUUCUUUAAAUCAAA